AUGGGUGUAUUCUUGACUCAUUGCGGGUGGAACUCGACUCUGGAAGGAAUAUUUGCAGGGGUCCCAAUGCUAACUUGGCCCAUGGGGGCUGACCAAUUUGUAAAUACAAAAUUGUUGGUGUAUGAGCUUGGGGUGGCAACUAGGGUUGUUGAGGGUGCUCAAGCUGUUCUAAACUCGGAUGAGUUGGCUCGAUUGUUGGCUGGAGCGGUGAGCGAGAACGGGGUCAAAAUGAUUCGAUCCUUGGAGUUGAGUGAGAUAGCAUUGGAGGCCAUUAAACAAUGUGGAAAGUCAUCCAAAGAUAUGGAUGAGUUGAUUAGGCGUCUUUUUGAAGAGGCUAAGCAUGACAAAUCUUUGAUUUCUUCCAACUCGAACUCUCAAACGUAG